AUGGAAGACGUCAAUGUUACCCAGCAGCUCCGACUGGUCAUCGUGCACCUGUUGGAUACGUUCAACUAUAGGAACGCCGAGUUUGCUGCCGAGCACUUGGUCGCUUUAACCCCAAACAACCCAGACCUGCUCUUCCUAUAUGCCCUAGUGCUAUACCGUCAGAGCAAAUACAAACUGGCCUUCAACAGAACGGCACUGGAGCUUGGUCAUGGCCACUUGGGCUGUGCCUACAUCUACGCAAGGCUGUGUCUUCACUUGGGCAAAUACAAGGAGGGAAUCUACACUUUGGUGGGAGUACUGCCUUUGUACAAUGAAAGCAGUGAAUCCAAGAGCCUGUCGUGGGGACAACUGCCGGAGCCCGAGCCCCUGACUUCGUACUUUCUGCUGCCUAGACAGCGUCACGAAUACGAAGCUCACAGGCUGCUUCUUCCAGACCUGCUGGCGGUAUACCACUUGCUAGGAGACUUGUAUAAGGCAGAGGGUGACACCACCAAGAGUGCUUUGAACUACGCCACGGCCGUAAAACUCAAUGUCUUUGACUUUGAAGCAUUUCAGGAAUUGGCUCGUUCUGGUACCGACGUCAGAGUAAAGGCCAUCUACAAGCCAAACCAGCGUCGCACACUGCCGCUGCCGGUACUUGAACCUAAAAGCAUCAACACAAACGACUCGGCAGGCAUUUCCAACCCGUUUGCUACGCCCAGGUUGGCCAAAAAUGUCGAUGUUUCCACGCCUCGAAUACUAUCGGCGUCAGUGCCAGAUGCUCCGCUUCGAAAGCCCCAGGAUGAGUUCAAACCACCUGCGCCAGUACUGAAUGCGUCCCUACAACAGGUGCCUCAAAUCCAGGUACCUCAACCUCCUAAAAAACACUACACAAAACGGCUGUCGUUGGCCCCUCCCUCGGCCCAGACUCGCCAGGGCCUCAAGAGAACAUCGUCACUGGGUUUCAUCUCAGAGGCUCGCCUGCCCUCACAGAAGGACGUUGAAGCUGCUGACCUCACCCUACGCAAACUCUUCUCCACUUUGGCCAAGGCAUACAAGUGCUUCUGUAAGUAUGACUGCUACAAGGCCAUCCGUCUUCUUGAGCUGUUGCCUGAUAAUAUCAAAGACACUCCCUGGGCUCUCAGUAAGCUCGGGCGUCUUCACUACGAGAUCGUCAAUUACAAGCAGAGCAGACGUUUCUUUAUCAGGUUACGCCAGUCAGACCGUACCAGGCUUGAGGACAUGGAAUAUUAUUCCACAUUACUUUGGCAUUUACAGAAAAAUGUCGAGCUCACCUACUUGGCCAAUGAAGUCCACGACAUUGACGCUCUGCUGCCCAUUACCUGGUGUGUCAUGGGUAACCUCUUCUCGUUGACUCGGGAACCUGACGAAGCUAUUCGUUGCUUCGACAAAGCCAUCAAGAUCGACCCUCAUUUCACCUAUGCACAUACGCUCAAGGGCCACGAGUACUAUUCGAACGACAACUACGAGAAGGCACUCGAUUGCUUCCGCUUGAGUCUCCUCAUGGACCCUCGUCACUACAAUGCCUUAUAUGGUAUUGGAAUGGUGUACAUCAACUUGGGUGAACUCAGUAAGGCAGACUUCCACUUCAAAAAAGCCGUGGCGAUCAACCCGAUCAACGUGAUCUUGAUUUGCUGUGUCGGCAUGGUGUUGGAAAAGCUUGGUAAGAAGUCAUUGGCGUUGAAGCAAUACGACUUGGCCAGCAAGCUCCAACCCCUCUCAGCGUUGCCCAUCUUUAAAAAAGCGUCGCUUCUAUUCUCCCUCCAACAAUUCGACAAGGCCUUGGAACAAUUCGAACUCGUCAAGGAGCUUGCACCAAAUGAGGCAUCUGUGCACUUCCUACUUGCACAGCUCUACAAUAUACAAAACGACAAAUACCUGGCGAUUCGGGAGUUCACCAUCGCCUUGAACCUCGAUCCCAAGGGAAACUAUUUGAUCAGAGAGGCGAUGGAGAUGCUCAAAGAAUCAUACCACGACUUGCCUUUUGUGUGUCAUGAUAAAACAAAACAAGCAAAAACGCCGUCGCUAGGUGAGGUGCUUAAGGGCGAUCGCUUCUGGGAAUCCAACUAUCAACUUCGGUUCGGAGAAGAUGUGCCGUGUCAACGUCUCUGUGAUAUGUCUGCUACAACUCAGGCCAUGACUUGGGCAGACUCCCUCAUAAGAAAAGGUUACGUUGUCCAUUGGAUUCUCGACGGAUUGCCAGGCGCCACAACUUUUGAGAGCUCCAACUCCAGGUCUAAGUACUAUGCAGCAGGUUUCCCGCUCGGGUUCGUUCAGAACGAUGUAUCUUACUACUACAACCACGUUGUUCUUGUGGUUAGGUACCAUACUGAGCCGGACGGAAGCCACUCGAUUAGUGUGAUUGAUGAGACAUGCCCUGGGUCAUCGAAGAAUUACAAAAACUUCCCUAUCAUCCUCAAGGAUGCCCAAGGUAAGCCAAAAGAAGGAAGGACAAUCAUUCCGUACACGUACGCUGUCUACUGGAGAGAGGAUAUUUCAAAUGACAAUUCGGCCUCUUCUCGAAAAAUUCACUGGAUAUCCUUGGUUAACUCACUUGUUCUCGUGUGUCUUGUUUCCCUCAUAGUGGCCAUUGUGAUGGUAAGAUUCCUCAAAUCAGACCUCAAGACCGGCCCAGUCAUUCCCACUACUGACCUGAAAGCUGAUUAUGAACAGAAUCUGUGGAAAGCUUUAUCAGAUGUAGCUGUUCAAAGUCCAUUUGCGCCUAUUCUACUCAGCAGCUUGUGCGCUGCAGGUGUCCAGAUACUCGUUGCUAUGAUAGGAGUUGUUGUCAUUUUCGUCUUGAAUUCCAAACUUAGCUUGAGCCCCGGUACUUCCUCCAGUAUCUUCUUUGAGAACCAUCAAAGCACAAUCUUUUCAUGCUCGGUAUUCUUCUUGUUGGCAUCAGGUUUCGUGUCGUCAUACGUCGGCGUUAUCUUGCACAAACUUUUGAAGAAUGAUCACCCCAACACUACGUUUGAAUUAGGUACAGUGAGUCUAUUGGGAGCAAUUUUUGCUGGGCUUCUUCCAUUCCUUGUCAUGGGUGCGUAUCUUGUCAUCAAUUUAUUUGUUUGGGCGAAGGAAUCAUCCAACGCUUUGCCGUUCGGUACCAUCGUACUCCUCAUUUUGAUGUUUGCUCUCAUACAAAUACCUUUGGGAAUUGUGGGAGCCUACUAUGGUAACAAGUUCAAGUUCCUGAACAAGUCCUGUUUCAUCAACUCAUAUGUCCCAGCCGAAAAAGGCGGUAAGAAAUCAAGCUCAAAACGCCAGCAAUUUCUCGGACCAGCAGUCAGCACUUUCGCUUUCGGACUCAUUCCAUUCGGAAUUGUUUAUGUGGAUCUUCUCUUCAUCUUCAAUUCCGUUUGGCUUGAGAAAACUACAUUCUACUACAUGUAUGGGUUCUUGCUACUUACCACAGUGCUUUUGCUUAUCGUGAUUGCAGAGUCAUCAAUUGUGGCUACCUAUAUCACUUUGACUGCUUUCAAAAACCCCAAUUGGCAAUGGCUUUGUUUCCAAGUGGGCUCUAGCAUUGGAUGGUACAUUUACGGGUACACCACAUACUAUUUCGUUCGCUAUCUUCAAAUGAGUGAUAUCGUGAGCGUGCUUAUCUAUUUCGCCUAUAUGGCGAUGGUGUCGGCGGCUGUCGGCGUGGCUGGAGGAGCCGUGGGUGUUGUCACGGCAACAGUAUUUAUCAGAAAGAUCUACGGAGCAAUCAAGGUGGAUUAG